AGACACGCCCCCUUUCAAGUCUCAGCCAAUUACAUUUCGCUUUAGCGUCACGGUCAUUAUUAUGCAAAUAUAUGCUCCAGCUCAAAUCAGUGGCAUGCCUUUUAGCUGUAGUCCAGGUAGAGUUUUAUAUAUGUAUAUAUUUUUAUUAUUAUAGGUUAACAAAUCAAACUAUUAGAAGACAGAAUUUCUCUUUAGCUGUAACGUUACUUCCUAAAAGUAACGAACCCAAACACUGCAGAGAAGUGAGAGGACACAUCUGCACGCGCGUGUUGUGAAAGCAGGCAAGAGAAAACCUGAAAAGAAAAGCAGAAGUGUUGAGGAGUGGAGCUGAGGAACAUGGAGGAAGAGGCGUGUGGGUGAGAGUGUGAUCCUGUGGGCUGUUGGUGCUGGUGGGCGGGAGCCUGGAGCCUGGAGGCGGCUUGUGUGUUGUUGUUCUCUAGGUAACGGAGACCCGAGGCCUCGGUGUCAACUUCACUGAUUUGGGGACGCGUGCAUCUAAAAAGCACACUAUUCUUUUUAACAUACAUGUGUGUGUGUGUGCUUCUGGAUACCUGAAUCAGGAUUUGUGUUUCGUCAUCUUGGCUACAUCUGUUCAAACCAGGAUCUCAGCCAUGACAGUGAAGCGAGACUCUGACAUGGCAGUUAGUAAGUGGACCAGUAAGCUACAAAAGCACUUUGUGAAUGUGGUGUGAGAGGCAGAGAAGAAAACAAGAGGGAGCAUGGAGGGAAAAAGAAAUACUACCAGAGUGCGUAUGCGCGCCUGGACCCCUGCCUCGGGAUAUUCUUCACCCCCCAGCCCAAUCAGCUCACAACUCAGCUGGGACGAAGGCAGAGACGAGGACUUCCAGAGCCAAAUGGAUGAGAAUGGCAUCAUUGGCCUGAGAGAGACACAAGGGGAGCUGGAACAGGAAGAUGAGGUUGUAUUAGAGGAUGAAGAGGACAUGUUUUCAGAUGUUGGGACUCCAGAGCCUGAAGAAGGUCCACCUCCUGCACUGGAAGAUCUCAGCUGUCACCUGAGUGAGCUGCUGGACUCUGAGCCUCUCUCCCAACCCAUAGGAGAUGACUGUCUCUCACCCACACACAAUGAUGUUGAGUAUAGUGUUUCUCUGGAGGACUGGAGUGAUGAUGAUAAUGACGAAGAAGAGAAACUUGAUGAGGAAGAUCAGGAGAGCUUUAACAUCCGCAGACCUAUCCCACAUUCAAGGCCAGACAGAGAUCUGGUUUCGGGAAUUACGAAUGAUGAGAUUGAAGAGAUUAAGAUGCACAGAGAUGAGUCAUAUCCUCUUCAAAGGAAUAUAGACCCGCAGGAUAACUGGAUGGCCAGCAAUGUUGUCACCAGUCAUGAAGGAAUGGAUAAUAACAACAAGUCUGAUAUAGCAACUUUAGAAACACGCACACCCUCCCAGAACAGUUGUGAUGAAAGGAGACGUGUGUCUUCCUCACCCUUCCUCAAAAGCGCUCCUCAGACCCAUAUCCAUCCCUACCUCCCUGAACUGACUUUACAGGAGGUGGCAAGUAACGGUAGGAUUGAAGCUGAAACGUUUGCAGAGCUGGGUGGGUCUAACAGCAGUCGACUCAGCUACAGCCCUAGAACUUACAAACCUGUCAGACAGCCACAGCAGGAGGAGCCUGCGUCUGCACUGAGUAUCUUUGAGUCAGAAAAUGGUUCACCUGAAUUAGAGCAAAAGACUUCUAGACCUCGUCAAAAUCACCAUCAGCCUCCUGUUUCCUCUCCUCGAAAUACAAAUUCUACACCACAGGAGGAUUACCUAUCUUCCAGCUCUACACAGCCUACAGUUAAAGACUCCACAUAUGGACGCAGGAGACACCACAGACGUUCCAAAACCUCUCACACUGACGUGAAUGAUGUUAGGAAGGGCCAGCUGAGUCACCCAUUACCAGAUUUUUCCAAAGUGGAGCCCAAAGUUCGUAUCCCCAAAAGCAGCUACAAGCCUCCGAAGAGUCGGAAGCCUCUUCACAAAGAAGACUCAAAACCGGAAGCUCCUGUAGUGUUCAGAUCCCCUGCUGACAUUGUGAGGGAGGCUCUGUUGAGUAAUUCUGAAGGGCCCUCGGAUACUGCAGUCCCCACUGACUCCCAGAAGCCCUUGAAUACUACAAUGCCUGAGGAGUUCCGGUGCCCUCUGCAGGCCAGCACUAUGGUGCAGCAGCUUCAGGAGGAUUACAAUAGGCUUCUAACGAAGUAUGCAGAGGCUGAGAAUACCAUUGACAGGCUACGUUUGGAAGCUAAGGUAUGCCUGCACUCGGACUCUCCUAAACCCAGCCAGCCUCCUCUGUCAGGUGUUCUGAAGGAGGGGUCAAAGGUUAUGACCCUGAGUUUUCCCCAGGCCCAGAGGGCAGUGUUGGGCACGGAUGCUGUCCAGCUGACUCAGCAAAGGCUCAGCUCAGCUACCAGAGGGACACCCACUCGCCCGUCCUCUGUAGACUCUUUCUCUUCCAGCUGGCGUGAAUCUCUUGCUGCAACUCCACUAACUGAGGCACUCUCCAAACAGAUGGCGAGAUUUCAGCUACAGGUUAAUGACUUUGCGAAGCUACUAAAGAGUCAAAGACUUAAACCUUAUGAGCAGACACAGGGGUUGUCUCAGCUGGCCCAGGGUCAGGAGUCGAUAGAAAGGGCUUACAUUGCUGCUCGAGAAAAGCACCAACAACUGCAGAGGCAAACAGGAGGGAAGUCAGGACCUUUUGAUCCUGACAGGGAACUCGAAAGUCUGAUAUUUCAGACAGGGAUACAGUUGGAGGAACUGAAGGAGUGGAUAGAACAGCCUGAACAUAAUCAGCUCACGGAACCUACCCCAAGCCAUGCCCUUCAGCCCUGUGUGUCUCUGAAAGAGACAGAGCCGCAGCCUGAGAACCUCGCCUCAGCAGCUCAUGCAGAGGUCAUGGUCGGCUUGGAGGUGAGUUCUGUCAGUGGAGAGAGUGAUGGAGACAGAGAGGAGGGCGAAGAGGACAUGCUUCCAUCUGUCCUCCGUCCCCUGAACCACAAACAUCAACGUGUGGAGAAAGACUUCAGCGACCUGAUGGACCACUACCAGAACUUCAGGGAUUUAUCCAAGCUGCUGGACAGAGAUCAGGGUGAGGUGGACCACAAUUCCCUGGAGUUAAGAGAUUACUCUCCUCAUCCCACCAGUACUGAUACGAUAGAAAUUGAGCAGCCGUGGAGAAUUAAAGACAAGCAGGACCAAAACAAACCACUGCCAGUGGCAGACUCUCUCUCAGGUCCCUCUUGUAGCUCACAUGUGUGUAACUCUAUGGAAACUCUCCCAGAGGCCUCAGUCCCAGCUUCAGCAUUACCAAGGAAACAGGGCAGUGGAAGGAGAGCUGCAGGUAGUGUAAAGUCCCAUAGCAGCUUGGGAGAGAGAGCAGCCUUGGGAAGAAGCGCCUCUAAAGAGAAUGACAGGGCCCUGAGAUCACAGCUUCAGGAUGGUGUGGUAACUCCAGAAACAGAUAGUGGAUUCAUGGGCUCAGAGAGCAGUCGCCUCACACCUGCAGCACAAAGCCCGGUCCAGCAGAGGACAGCAGUGAGGGCAACAAGGCCAUCUGUCGCACAGGAAAAGGGCCGAAUAAAUCCUAAGUCUAGCUCUCCAGCACACACACAGCCUUCUUCAGAUCCCUCUAGAACCCAUGCCAUUGCCUCUGGAGGUGCUCCAGGAUCCUUGGGGAGAAGAGGAGAGGCAAGGAUGCAGCACAUUCCCAGUUCGUCUACCUCCAGCUCCCCCCUGCGCUGGCCCAGCACACCUCUCCAGCCUUGGCCUAGUAGCGGCAUUAGCGAGCUGGAGCAACAGAGCGAGUGUGCCCAUUCCUUAUCAGAAGAUGGAACACGACAGGGCGACCAACACACACGACCGUCCAAUCAGGAUCGUUCUUAUCUCAGAAGCUCCUCCUUCACUGCACCCUAUCACCAUGGUGACCACCUCAAAGCCCAAAGUUCUGGGCAGCUGGCGAAUCACCAUGAGGCCAUUGAGUCUCUUCAGGCAGAGGUGCACAGACUCAGGGAGCACUUAGAGGGAACACUCAGGACAGCCAGUCCUCCCCAUCGUGUGAGAGUGCCCCCUUCACCCUCAAAGGAUGUGAGAGACCAUGCACCUCCUCACACAUCUACACCUCAUCCACGGCAGCAUGAUUUCAGGUCUUUGGAGAGAAAGACAGCUAGCAAGAGAGAACCAAGAGAGAGUGGGGGCACUGUAAAGGGUGAACAAGAAAGAACUAUUCCAAGAAGGAGAUCAGCGUCUGUGCCCCGCCUCAGACCAGAGCCAGAUACCAGUACAGAUUCGGAGCAUACCCAGUCUGAAGACACGACACCAAAGCACAUCCCAGCAUCACUUGCGAUGGCACACACAACCCGGAGAGCGAGAGCUGAAACUGGACGAAACCCAAAGACCCACACAAAUCGCCAGAAGCGUAGCAUAUCAGCUGACAGAUCAGAUGUGAGAAAUGAUGAGACUGAAGGCAGAGGAAGGCCAGUAACUAUGUGCUUGAGCUGUUUGGCACGACGCCAGAGAACCUCUGGAUGCCAAGCAAGAAACGUUAGCUCACUUAGUCACACUGGUUACUACUCUAAUCACUGUCCACUGUGUGGAGCAACAAAAAGAGAGACAGUCCCUCCACCUGCAAACCAAAGCUCUAUGCAGAAGGAAACUCGACCAGUGAGGUCCACACAUAUGCAGACAGGGGGUGUGUACCUGGCAGUAGCACCUCCCCCUCCAGUGAUUGGCAGUGUGCCUGUGAUCCAGUGUGUGCCGGUCUGUUCUUCAGUCCUCUACUACUCCAGCCCUGUGGUGUCAACCUCCUACCAAAAGCCACUUUACAUUACCCUGAGUGAAGGGAAAGGCUCCAGGGCUCAUCGGAGGCGCUCGCAAUCUGUAGACGCACAACGCUCUCUCAACCGUUCUCUGGGCCGCGCCAUCGCCACCGCCAGUAGCAUGAGAGAGAUGUCUGAGCGCAUGGUGCACUCUCUCUCCUCAGGACUGCAUCACAUGAGCCCACUCGCAAAAUCCUGCACCUACUGACGCUGCACCACUGCUCUGUGCUUCCAAGUGACCUCCAGAGAAACCAAACUGCAGCUUGUAGACACCUAAUACAUUCUUGACAUGAGAUUGGUAAUGGAUAUAGACACACACAUCUUAACCAUGGCAGCUAUACUGGGAUGAGCUUCACAUAUUGCACUGUUUACAGCUGCACAGCCAUUGUAUGAAAAGCAAUUUCAUAAUAAUUUCAGAUAUCGGAAAUACUAUCCAUAGGGCUUUUGUUGGUGUCUGUGAGAUUUUGUACUGGGAAAUAUUCUUCUGCAUGUCUGCACUAGGUUUUAUGAGUGCAGUUCUGCACAACAUUUAAUUACAAAUGAUUUCUUAAAUGUGUUGCAUUUGUAAUAAAUAAAUCUGUUUUCAUAAUGGAAACUGCUGCUAAAAUUAGUGGACUAUUAACAAUUUUGGGAAUUGUUUGUUUUUUUAGUUUAUUAUGGUAUGUUGCUUGUCAUUUGCUUUGUGCCCUUAAAAUGAGUUUGGAAAAUGCAGUACCUCAUGGGCUCCAGAGUGUCGCAAUGCAUUGCACGUUCGAAUCCUGAUGACGACGCAACACCAAAAAGGAAAAUAGGCCAUGCUCUCUGAGUGGGCGGGAUGGUGUUAAUCUCUCCUGUCAAUCAGAGUGAAGCUAGCCAAUCAUGGCCGUCUGUGACCUCAUGUAUUUGGAAGAGGGUAGAUAGCACUUUCCUCCGAGUGUGUUGCAGUGCUCUGUUACACAGCAGUUUGAAACAAUGUGGAGGAAGCAUGUGUUAGCCUUUACUAUCAUGUGACUGGGAUUUGAUAAAAAUGAACAAGUUUUGAGAAAAUGGGAUAAAAAAAAAAAUGUACAUCUAGCACACUGUGAGACACACAAAGAGCACUAUUAUAUAUUUUUUUUAAAGUUAGGAAGUACUACUUUUUUCUGGCAAUUUUGACUGAUUGAUAGGAGAUUUAGUCUCAUGGAUAAUAAACCAUAAUGUUUAGUUAUGAAGCAUGACAGUCUGUCAUCAAAGAGCAGUGUGGAAAUGAAGUUUAUCCAUAUGCAGUUUAGUUUAAUCAUUAAUGUGUCCUGUGAGAAACGACUGUGACCCUACAAAUCUUUAAUGCAAAUAUAAAAUAAACUGAUGUUGAAACUGUAGAUCUGUUAAUAUUUGCUAGAAUUAAUUUCUGUUUAGUUUCUUGGACAAGUGAAUGAUUUAGAAAGCAGAAAUGUGUGAGAAAAUCCUGAAAUUUUGUACUUUUGUACCAUUAUUAGAAAAACAGUUAUUAAAUCGUUCUUAAUACUUCCUGUAGUCAUUCCUUUAGACAUAAUUCAGCAUCAUUUCUUGACUGU